AUGUCCGCCGCAGCUAGCGGCGCCGCCGGUCAAGCCAAAUUGACUGAAGUCGCGAAGGUCCUACAGCUGGAGGUGGAGAAUUUCCCCAAAUUACUGGUGAAAUGCAGAUUCGAAAGCUCAGGAUAUAGCAUUCAUAUCUCCGACCUCAGCAGGAUCUGGAGAGAGAGUCUGAGCAAGAGAGAAUGCGUAGAGCGCGCUGUUGAUAUUGGCUGUAGCAUCGAUCCUAGCCAGGACGAUGAGCAGUUCCGCAUCCUACUCGGCAAGAUCGAGAGCGCCUUCAACCGCGAGCGGAAUACUACUCUACAGCUGCUUUCGGCCGAACCAGAUAAUGGUGACCUAUCGAUCAAGGUCUCAGCAGCACUACCCAAGCCCCUUCCUCCGUUUGAAUGGGCUAUCAAUCUUCAGUGGCUGGACGCUGAGCAUCUUCAGGCGCAGCUCGUGUUGCCGCUGGUAGCCCAAGCAAGCCAGCUUCAGCAUCAAAUGAGCCAGCUGCUCCACGAGCUACAAGACAAGGACCGAGUAAUCUCAAAAAUCUGCGAUCGCCUGGAGACAUCAGGCAAUGACUUGACCACGGUAUUUUCGGGAGCGUCCAACAUCAAGACUUCGCGGAAGAAGGGUCAGAGGGAGCAGUUGGCCAAACAUGUCAAAGGACUCGGGGACUUUGACGAGGGUGGCUGGAGAGCGCGGAGUGUGGAGAAGCCCAAUCCUGAUGGGCUGACUGAUGAGGAGCUCAACGGUGUUCUGCAAGGUUUGCCUAUGAGCGAGGCCGCCGGCUCGAACGACUGGUGGAGGCGUCUCAACAACGACGCGGGCUUGAAUACCCGCAGCAAGGUCAAAGCAGGAACGCCACCUCCACGCGGCGACAUCCAGGAAGAAGACGAAAGCAUGCACGACAGUAUGUUCCAACGUCAAGCUACGCCUCCGCACAUGCAACAGCAUCGUGCCUUCGAAUCCGAAGACGAGAACGCCAAUGAACAGACUAGAGAUCAUGCCCUGGCCGUUGAGUCCGACAACGACCGCCCAAUGGAGGAUAAGCGCGACGCCCUUGACGAUGGUGAGAGCACGACAGAGGAUGAAGAUGAUCUUGAUGCCCCGCCCAAACGACCUGUACCUACGCGGCCAAAGCAAUCACCUACGCCGCCGAAGCAAACCAGCGAAGCUUCGCCAUUACCACCAAGUCGGAAGCUGGGAAGCAUUGGAGGGCGGAAACAGCCCGAGCCGCCGCAUGCAUCUCCGCGAAAGCUUGGAGCAAUGGGCGGACGAUCGUCACCGCAUCCAACACUACCAGAGCCAAAAGAGCCCACGCCAGAUGUUGCAUCACCCCAACCAAAAGCUCGAGCCAAGCUGGGCACGAUUGGAGGCAAAGCAAAGGAUCCCACAGCGGCAACUACAGUGUCGACACCUUCUGAGCAGGGCUCGCCGCCUCCAGCGAAGGGGCGCGCAAUCGGCAAGAUUGGUGGUAGGAUUGGCGGCAAGUCAGUCAAGGGGAGCACACAGCAGGAGGUGGUGGUGGCUGAGCCUCCCGCAAAGGAGGACCAGGGCCAGGAUGAAUCGCCACUGCGCUCUCGUGCACCAACGAAAGAGCCUACUCCGCAGCCUCGAGAGACGUCGCAAGAACGAGCGAACAGAAAGCGGGAUCAGCUGAAGCGGGAUUUGGAGGACAAGGCGAAGGCGCCGGUCAAAAAGAAACGGAAGUUCUGA